UUUUUUUUGAGCGUUUUUAGUGCCGCUUUCCACCUCCCGCCAUGUUCUACUACCCCGAGGUUCUGCGGCGCCACACGGGCUGUUUCGGCACCAUCUGGUUGGCCGCCACCUGCAGUUCGCGGCUGCUGCGCCGGGAGUACCUGGGGGUGGAUGUGCCGCACACCUGCGCCUCCGUGGUGUCGUUCGUGGUCGGUCGCAGCGGGUGGGAGGUGCCGCCCCCGCCGGCCGGAGCUCCGCCCCCCCGGUGCUCGCUGUACCUGGCGGCGAUGCUGCAGCUCGGGCUGGUCCGGGUGUACGUGCGGCAGUGCGGGACCCUGCUCGGUACGGGCUGGGGGGAGCUUGGGAUUUCUCAAAACACCUCCAAAUGUGUCUCAGUUCCCCAAGUUUGCCCAAAAAUUCUAUGA